AUGGAAGCUGGCGAGGAAACUAGUGGCAACAUGAACUUGAAGAGACAGAGAGCACCUUUGUCAGAUUCUGAAGACAAUGUCCUCUCGUCAUCAGAGGUGAAUGAUGUCCAGAAGCGGCGGCGUCUGGAGGCAACUGGUCAGGAGAAUCGUAGCCCUAAACCAUCCAACUCUGGACGCUUGGUUGAGCUAGGGACAAAGCCAGACACACCGAUGGUUCCCUCAGUCCGGUCCCGAGUCCAGCAGCUCACCCAGCGAAGAGAGGGAGCUCCACUGGCCCAGAGGUGCCUGUCGGAUCCUGGGGCUGUCAGCCCAUCAGCCAGCAUCUAUGACAAGGGCUUGAAAGAGCAUCUCCUCGGUGAAGAAGAAUUCAAUCAGCGAAUGGAGCGGUUUAAAGCGCCUCUUGUAAAGGCUGCCCCUGCACUGAGCCCCUUAGACCUCUGUCCUCGAACCCGCUCCAACUUUGUAUCUGACAUUCAUCAGAAACUCCAGGGCACUACAACACCCAGUUCCAAGGAGGCCUCUCGCAUGCGCCAGGAGCGGGAGCAGGAGUUGAACCAGCUGCAGUUCCAACCAAUCAGUGAGAAUGUCUGGCUGAAAAGGAGCAGCUCUGAUCCCUCGUUAGCUCAGGUUGAUGAUGCUGAGAUGAAAGAUGGCAGCUUCACUGAAGCUCCUAUAUCUGGUGCAGAAAAGCCACCUGUAAAUACAGCAGAUACUGAACUGAGCUCUCAUGAUGAGACCAACACCUCUGAAAUAAUUGAUCGGAUGUUCGAGGAGGUGCUGGAAUACGCUGGAAGGAUGGAGGAAGGGAGGGGGGAUGAUGAAGAUGCUGAGGACCGCGAUAGUGGUAUUGGUGCUUGCUCUGGAGACAAAGAUAAAAUGGACACGGUGUCAGAGAAGGGGAAAAGGGAACAAGAGGGAGAAGCCAAAGAAGAGUAUGAUGAGAGCAAUGGAGAUGAGCUGUUAACUUUCCCUCCUAGCGGCAUCCUCUCUCCUCUCAGCAAGUCUGUAGAGGCUGUGGUGACCCCUCUGCGGCUAGCAGCAAACCAGGAAUCAAAUCCUCCAUCUCUGCUGCUGACUCCAGAAGAGACCACCACUCCUCCUGUUGAAUCUGCUCCUCUGUAUAGCGUUGAUGCAUACCGAACACAAAGGCAGAGCAAGCUGCCCGCCAUUCAGAGUGUCACCCCCGGGGUUCAGAGACGAGCUCCAGAGAAGUUACAACCCCAACAUUCUGUCAACAACAAGGAGAAAAUCACAGCUCUUAAUGAAGAAGCAGGGAAGCUGCAGAAUGUAAUCAACCAGACCCUGCAGGCUCUGAGCUGCUGUACUGAUGAGGAGCAUGGACGAGGCUCGCUGGAGGAGGCUGAGGCUGAAAAACUACUGCUGGUCUCCUGUGAGAAACGCUCUGCCCUGCUGGCAGAGGUGUCCAGACUGCGGGAGGAGAGGAACUUGGAGACUGGAGAGGCAGCAGGAGAGGACAGGGAGUAUGUUUCCCAGCAGCCCUGCAGAGGGACUGUCAGCAUCACAAACAUCCAGCUGCCUCUGAAGGUGGAAUUUGUCUGCUCCUCACACAGCCGAACAGGUCGGCCAAGCCACUACUUUUUUGUCCUGAUCCGUUAUGGGCCCUGCAACAUCAUCGCCACCCCGCUGGCCACAGCUGCUGAUGCUCAGAAUGGAGACACCAUCUCCUUCCCUACAUCUGUCACUCUGAAGGAUAUUCGCUCAUCCUUUGAGAUUGAUGUGGAAGUCUACAGUCUGUCCCACACCUCAGGUAGUAGCUCCAGCGUGGACCGGAACACCACCAAGUCACGGGUCACACCAAGAAAGCUUCUGAGCACCAUCACACAGAGAUCCAAUAACAGUCUGACAUCUGCUGCGCUUCCUGCUCUCAACACUCGACGCUCCAGUAACUUCUGUCUCGUGGGCUCUCAUAAGAUCACCUUGGCCUCACUGGGACACAGCAAGUUCCCUCUGGAUAAGAUGAAACUUGAAGGAAAAAUCAGGAGGCUGCUGGGAGAUGAGUUUCAGGAAAAGGUGCCGUUUCUCUCUCCUCUAGAGGGCAACAUCUACUUACGGUUGGGCAGCGAGAGUCACUCUAAUGUGCACCACCAAGGCUUCCUGACAAUGUUUGAGUUGAUCAGUGGAUAUGGGGUGUGGCAUCGCCGAUAUUUUGUCCUGGAGGGAUGCAGCAUGUACUACUGGAACCACCCGAAUGACAAAGAAACCAAGGAAGCAGAGGGCAACAUCUCUCUGUCCAGCUCUCCCAGUCAGUGCGUCAGGCCUGUCAAGAGGGACUCCUGUGCCCGACCUUUCACCUUUGAGCUGGUGAGCAACAUCCUACAUCAGCAGCAGGACGACAGCCAGGAAGCCUCAGCCAAGUGUUGGUUUUCAGCUGACACCAAACAGGAGAGACUGGACUGGAUGGAGAAACUCAACCAAGUUCUUUUGGACUUUCACACAUGGAACCGAACAUCAGUGAUCCAAACAGAAAGUCAGCAGUCACACACGUUGAGCAGUGGGAACUUGAGGGAGAGCAUACUGUAACUACAUCACUAAGAUGACAUACAUACUCAUACAGUUGUCUGGGAUGAUGAAGGCAUCCUGGAUGCAGCUUUUAUGCGCUUGGUAGAUGAGCUGACAUCAGGGUUUAGAUCGAAAUCAAAUGGCCACAUUAUAAACAUAUAACCAGGCAAAAUGUAUCUCAUGUUGAUUUAUCUUUGGGAGAUGUUUCUGAUUAUUUCUUUUAAUCUGAAUCCAAUCAUUACUGUUGGUCUCUACUUUUAUUUGCCAAGUUACAGUUGCCAUUUGAAUAUUUUUAGUUUUUCUUUAUCAUGAUUUUGUGGAAAUCAGGUUUUAUUUUGACUUUUUUUUUCUAUGGCAAUCAGCUGCUUUAGCCUCUGCUGGCACUAUUAUUUGGUCACUUUCAGUAGCUGAGGUGAAACUUUUCUUGUAGCUCAUAUAUUUUUGAAAUAAUUUACUUUAUAUUUAGGUCCAUAUUGUAUUUUUGUAUCAUUCAAACUGGAAGGAUACACAGAUUUAUAUAGAUACACUAAUAAAUAUUGAGGGAGAAGGAAAUCUUUAACUCUACUAAACUGAUCUAGGAUAAGAAUGUAUUUGAAAUGGCCGGGGACACUACAAAUUAUUAGACUAUUGAAGGAAUGCUAGCUAGUGUGGAAAUGGGAGCCUCUCAUAGACAUUUAGACAUUAUCUGCCUCUUUAUAGUGAAAUAUUUAGGGACACAAUCAAUCUGUUCUAAGAAGUGAAUGUGGGUUGUUCCACUGAUCCAACAGAUUCUGUUUCCGGUCAAAAUCUGUAUCUGUUCCUCCUGUUGGCACAGUGUGUCACUGGUGUCUUGGAGGUUUUACUUCCUUCUCUGUGGCCUGAAGUGUUCACUCAUAUUCCUUAGUACACAGAUUGUGUUACUGCUCAUAUAUAAAUCUGUAUAUUUACAUAUGUAAACCCAUUUUUUAUAUGUAAUCCACUAGAUGAGAGAAGUGGUGAGGUAAAGUAAGAGGGCCAGCAGUGAUGCUGCUACGAUGAAUGUAGUCUGUUCUGUCUGAUGUCCUGUUUUUUUCCAUGUGUUUCCACCUAUCAGUCUGUCACUAUGUUCUAAAUGUUUCUCACGUGAACUCUCAUUCUAUGCACUUAAUGGAAGGUACCAAUAAAAUAAAUGGAA